CAGCCUCGACAAGGGAGAGACGAGGAUAGCCUCUAUGCCAUCGGUCUCUCCUGUUGACAAGGCUGCGAUUUCCUCACUACACUCGGCUUCGUCCUUACUCGUUUAUCAAGUAGCAGCGAGGAACUUUGUAUUCUUCUAUCACUUCCGCACACGAGCGUAGUCAUGGCCGGUGCCCCUGUGCCCAUCCCCGUCAAGGAAAAAGGACCAGUCAUCCUAUGCAUCGAGGAUAUCAAAGAAAUCGCCGACAAGAACCUCCCAGACGUCGCAAGAGACUUCUUCAACUCCGGCUCGACAUACCAGACAACCAUCGCGGAGAACAGCUCAGCCUUUAGCAAGUACAGAUUGCGCUCCCGCGUUCUAGUCGACGUCGCCAACCUCAGCACUUCAACCACCUGUCUGGACCGCAACAUCAAAUUUCCACUAUGCAUCUCCCCAGCCGGUCUACAAGGCAUGGCCCAUCCAGAAGGCGAGCUAGCCACGAGCCGCGCCUGCGCAAAAUUCGGGAUCAACAUGGCCAUCUCGAGUUUCGCCAACUACCCCGUCAAUGAAAUCACGUCCGCUGGAGCUGGAAGCGUCAACUACGCGAUGCAACUGUACAUGAUGAAAGACCGCGCGUUGCAGGAGUCCAUCAUCAAAGCCGCCGAGGACGCAGGCUGCAAAGCCAUCUUCCUCACGGCAGACUCACCCGUCCUGGGGGUAAGAUACAACGAGUGGCGCAACGACUUUCGGACACCAGACGGUCUGGGCUUUCCGGUCAUAGGUUGGACGACAGAGAAGAUUCGCGCCCACACGCACGAUGCGGGAUUCAUGUCCUUCAACGACGACUCGCAUAGCUGGGCGCAAAGUAUCCCGUGGUUACGCUCCAAGACGAAAAUGCAGAUCUGGAUCAAGGGCGUCUUGACGGCCGAGGAUACAGAAUUAGCGAUUCAGCAUGGCUGUGAUGGGAUCAUUGUCUCGAAUCACGGUGGGCGUCAGCUUGAUGGGGUGCCUGCCACGAUCGAUGCGCUGAUCGAAUGUGUUGAUGCUGCUCGGGGUAAAAUAAGGGUACAUGUGGACGGAGGGAUCCGUAGAGGAACGGAUAUCUUCAUCGCGCUCGCGCUGGGGGCAGAGUGUGUUUGGGUUGGGAGGCCGGCGAUCUGGGGACUGGCGUAUGAUGGCCAGCAAGGCGUUGAGAAGAUGUUGGAGCUUUUGUACGAGGAUUUCCGACGGUGUAUGGCUUUGUGUGGGUGUAACGAUGUUAGCGAGAUCAAGAGGAGUUGUUUGUCAAGAAUGGGACUCGAUGGGAUGCUGAGGAGGAUGGAGUGAUUGGAUAUACACAGAACGAGUAAUUGGCGUGUAUCUCUGAUACAGUCCGCUCCUUCUCGAAUCAGAGCUCAUGGACUUGAUAGCGCGAUAGCGAGACAAGUCACCAUGGCCGCGAAAAAGCCCGAAUCUCGAACACCUACACCGGUGCCUGUGCAAGGUACUACGGUAUUCAGAAAUACGAAAGUUCGCAGUGAAUUUGCCAGUGUACUGUGCAAAGUG